AUGAAGCUGUUGGUAAUAGUCGCCACGUUCGUGGUCUUGUCAUCAGCGGCCCCUCAAGGCUAUCACCUGGAUAAGCCUUCAGGACCAAGCUUUGGAAUAAGAGGUUCAGGCUCAGGUUUUGGAACAGGGGGUUCAGGCUCAGGUUUUGGAGCAGGAGCUUCAGGCUCAAGUUUUGGAGCAGGAGCCUCAGGCUCAGGUUUUAGCUCAGGAGGAUGUGGGCCCGGAAGGGUGCUGCAUGUUGACGGCAGAUGCGUCACUCCACGCGUCAAUCGCAAAGUUUACUUGUAUGACGCGCCACCAGCGCCCGUGUCCCAUGGUCCCCCACCUUAUAUUCCUGAGCCAACUGUUGAGACGAACAUCGUGUUCAUCCGAGCACCAGAACAAGGACAAGGACCAGAUCCUAUUGUCAUACCUCCUCCUAGGCAAGAACAUGUCGUGUACGUCCUUAACAAAGAGUCGCCACAGCAACAGGAAGUGAUCGAACUCCCAGCUCCGCCAGCGAGCGAACCUGAAGUUUACUUCGUGAACUACGGUGACGGCGAGAACCCGGUUCUUCAAAGCGGCGUUGAUCUCCAGACUGCCCUGAACGCAGCUUCCCAAGGUGGUGGUCAAGUGGUCGGAGGCGGUGCCGGAGGCGCUGGGGGAGGUUUUGGAGGAAGUGGAGGAAUCGGUGGAUUAGGAAGUGGAGGAAUCGGUGGAUUCGGAAGUGGAGGAAUCAGUGGAUUCGGAAGUGGUGGAAGCGUGGUCGGAGGCGGUGCCGGAGGCGCUGGGGGAGGAUUCGGAGGUAGUGGAGGAAACGGAUUUAGUGGAGGAUCCAGUGGCGUUUCGUCUCUGUCAAGUCUUUACUCCGUACCUUAA